UCUGAGUUGGGCAUGGAAUAUUCGGGGAUUGGUGAAUGAUUUACUCGACAGGCUGAUUGAUAAUGAAGAAGUAGGUCCGAUUAUUAAGCAGAAUUCAAAUGAUAUUGCCACGUCAGAUACUCCUAGCAAAGCCAAAAAGAAAAAAAUCCGAUAUGAGAUCAAAGUAAUGGCAUUAAAGUUUUUGAAAUUUAGUAAUGGAGGCAAUGCAAAUGGAAAUGGUCAAUAA